AUGGAGCGAGCCGGCUCUUUUGGACAGGGCCGGCGGUGGCGCAAAGAGGGCGUGUUCAUGGAGCUUUGCGAUGACCUCCAAGUCUUCGGCGCCUACCACUCUGUGGUCUUUGAACGGAAAAGCAGCCGGGCUGUCCUCUUCGGGGGCCAGUGCUGCGUCAACGGGCCCUACGAGUACUUCCGUGGAGUUCAUACCCUGCAGUUCCAAGAAGAUGACGAUGACGACGACGAAGGCUGGAGCCCGUUGCCCACCGAAGGGCCUCAUCCGUGCCCAAGGGCUCAGCACAGCGCGGCCAUCCGAGGAUGCGUCAUGGUGAUCUACGGUGGCGCCAAUGACGUGCGGCAGUUCAAUGAUGUUUGGCUCCUGGACCUUUCUGACUGCACCUGGACAGAAAUGCGCCCAGAUGAGAGGCACAGUGAGCCGGCCCCACCUGUCGAGACGCGAAUCGAGCAGCAGAAUUUCCGGGUGAAGUCCUGCCGGAGUAUUCUCUCACUCAGAGGCAUGCAGCUUCUGGUGCUUGGCCGGUCUCGGAAGCCUGUCACCGGCCGGUGGGCCCUGUACGCGUUUGACUUGCACACCGCAUGCUGGAAGGCGUUGCCAGCCCAGCAACUGGCCCUCUGGCGCGGCAACGCAGCUGGCUGGGUGACGAAGCUGGACGAUGGCAAGGAGGAAUUAUGGGUCCACGGCGGCCAUCGUGAGCCUGGCAGCCGAGAGGCUGAACAGCUGGUGCUUCCACUGCACACUGGGCCGACGGCCUUGCUUCAGCGCACCAUCCGCGGCAUCCACGCGCUUCCGCCAGAGAACCUAAAGCUUGUCUUCAGCUACCUCUCGGGACACCUCCUGGACCUACUCUGA